AAUUAUAAUUAUGCAUGUGUGUGUUGGUAGGCAAAAUUGUGAUAUGAUUAAAACAAUAUCAAACAGGGGGGAAAUAUAAUUAUUUUUUUUUUUUUAACUAACAAAAAAUAAUAAUGAUAAAAUAUGUUGACUAUACAUUAUUUAUUCCAAUUCAAAAAUUUUGUAUGUCAUUUGUUAUUUGUGUAUAAUUUACUCUAAUUUUUUAUUGGGGCAAACAUUCCUCUUUUUUUUUAAUGUUAAUAGUGACGUGUCAAAUUUAAAAAAAAUAAAUAUGAAAAUUAGAAAAAUUAUCGCGGCUUUGGUAGCUGGAUUACUAAUAGCAUGUUGUGUUAUGAUUUAUUUAAUGUUGGAUGUGACACUUUUUCCCCUGGGACAUGAAUUCAAGAAUUCUGUAAAAGAUAAUCAUUGGUUACACUUGGAGAAUAGACUUGCUAAAUUAGAAAAAGAAUGGAAAAAUCAUAACAAUGAAGCGAGAAAUUUUCAAUUAGAUUCACAAUUAAAAGAAAAUGUUUUAUCAAAUUUGAAAAAUGAAAGAAAAAUUGAUUCAAAUUUGUUGCUAAAUAAUAAUAAUAAUAAUAAUAAUAAUGAAUUGGAUGAAAGUUUAACGUGUAAUUUUGAUAUGACAAAAACUCCACGAGUUGAUAUACAAAUGUUAAAUGUCUAUAAACAAUUGAAAUUUGACAAUCCAAAUGGUGGUGUUUGGAAACAAGGAUGGAAUAUAACGUACGAUGAAAAAGAAUGGCAUCAUAAUAGAAAACUUAAAGUAUUUGUUGUUCCACAUUCACACAAUGAUCCUGGAUGGCUUAGUACAUUUGAACAUUAUUAUACAUUUCAAACGCAAAGAAUUUUAAAUAAUAUGGUGACACAUUUGGCAAAGGAUAAACGAAGAAAAUUCAUUUGGGCCGAAAUAUCAUAUUUCAAAUUGUGGUGGGACGAACAAAAUUCAGAUACCAAAGAAACAGUGCGACGUCUUGUUCAUGAUGGACAAUUGGAAUUAGUUUCCGGUGGUUGGGUUAUGCCCGAUGAAUCAGUUUCACAUUGGAUUGCACAAUUAACACAAUUAACCGAGGGUCAUCAAUGGUUAAAGGCAAAUCUCGAUUAUGUUCCAAACAGUGGAUGGACAAUUGAUCCAUUUGGUAUUUCGCCAACUAUGCCAUUGCUUUAUAAAGGUGCACAAUUGGAGAAUUUGGUUAUUCAAAGAGUUCAUUAUUCAGUGAAAAAAGAAUUGUCAAGAAGAAAAAAUUUAGAAUUCAAUUGGCGACAAUUGUGGGACAAUGAUGGUAAAACGGAAUUAUUUACACAUAUGAUGCCAUUUUAUAGUUAUGAUGUUCCACAUACAUGUGGACCCGAUCCAAAAGUAUGUUGUCAAUUUGAUUUUCUUCGUUUAUUAAAUUUUGGCGUCACAUGCCCAUGGAAAGUGAAUCCAAAAUCAAUAACAAAAUCAAAUGUUGCCGAACGUGCAAUUCUUUUAUUGGAUCAAUAUAGAAAGAAAGCGCAACUUUAUAAGACAAAUGUUCUUCUUGUUCCAUUGGGUGAUGAUUUUAGAUAUUCACAGUCACAAGAAUGGGACGCACAAUAUGAUAAUUAUCAGAAAUUAUUUGAUUAUAUCAAUAAAAAUCAACAAUUAAAUAGUCAAAUUCAAUUUGGAACGCUUACGGAUUAUUUUAAUUCUGUGAGAAAAUCGAAAGCAACCAUUGAAUUUCCAACUCUUUCUGGGGAUUUUUUCACAUAUUCUGAUCGAGAUGAUCAUUAUUGGAGUGGAUAUUAUACUUCAAGACCUUUUCAUAAAAGAAUGGAUCGAGUACUUUUGGGCUCAAUUCGAAGUGCAGAAUUAUUAUCAACAAUUGCUUGGAUGAAGGGAAAUGAUCAAUUAGCUGAUGAAAAAAUUAUGGCAAAAAUUAGUGAAGCUAGAAAAUGGCAUUCUUUAUUUCAACAUCAUGAUGGUGUUACAGGAACGGCAAGAGACAAUGUUGUUAUUGAUUAUGCACAAAAAAUGUUAACAGCUUUAAAUAAUUCAGCACAUGUUCUUCAACAAUCAGUGGCACAUUUACUUAAAACUCCAUCGAAUUUUCAUAUUAAUUCCGAUGAAGAAUAUUUUACUCUCGAUGAAGUUAGAUCUCAUCAUACGAGUGUGGGUAAGAAAAAAAUAUUAACUCUCGGCGAUGAGAAUCCAUCGAAAAAAGUGAUUUUCUACAAUUCACUGCCAAGAGAAAGAACUAAAAUACAAACAAUUUUAAUUUCUCAACCUCGUGCAAAAGUCACCGAUCGAAUGGGUCAUCCUGUUGAAUGUCAAAUUUCACCAAUUUGGGAUGCGCCUUCAAUUAUUUCGGCAGUACGUUAUGAACUUUCUUUUUCAAUAACUGUACCUGCAUUUGGAUUGACUACUUAUGUAAUUCACACUGUUUCUGGGAGUACAUUACCAAAAGAGGUACACUUGGCAAAAAUAACUCUCUACAUGCCAUCAAAUGCAACUUCAUCAUUUACUGGCGUUUCUGAAUUCAAUAAUCCACAAAUUAUUACAAAUACUCAGGAUUUUUCAAUAAGUCAACAUUCCAAUUUUUCCGCAUCAUUUGGACAAUCGGGUCUUUUAAAAGCGUUACGCAUUGAUAAAAUGACAUUGCCUGUGCAUUUAGAAUUUGUGAAAUAUGGAACAAGAGAUGUUGGUCAAGACAGAAGUGGUGCUUAUCUAUUUUUACCGGAUAAAUCAAAACCCGAUUUAAUAACAAUGGAAAAUAAUCAAAUUGUCCAUGUUAUUAGUGGUCCACUUUUAUCGAGAGUAUUCGUUGAAUUACCCUAUGUACGACAUACAUGUACACUAUUUAAUUCACCAGGAAGCGAUGGACUUGGUUUACAAAUAAUGAAUGAAGUCGAUAUUUCAGAGACACAUAAUUUUGAACUUGCAAUGAGAUUACACACGGAUAUUGCGUCGGAAGAUGAAUUUUUCACUGAUCUUAAUGGACUUAAUAUGAUACGACGACAACGAUUUUCGAAAAUUCCACUUCAGGGAAAUUAUUAUCCUCUCGCUUCGGCGGGUUAUAUUGAAGAUAAACGAGUGAGACUGACAAUUCUUACUGCCACACCAUUGGGAGCAACGUCAAUGGAUUCUGGACAAUUCGAGAUAAUGCAAGAUCGACGAUUAAUGCAAGACGAUAAUCGUGGUUUAGGCCAAGGCGUAACCGAUAAUUUAUUGACAAAUCAUUUAUUUACAAUUAUUCUUGAAAAGAAAAAAUCCCACUGCUCACAUGUACCAGACGAUCAUCCAUCGGGUCUUUUAUCGCUUGCAGCACAUUUAUCAUCGGAGGAACUUCUUCAUCCAAUAAUUGCUCUUCAUCCACGUUCAACACUACCAUUUGAAUUGAAACCAUAUUAUUCACCACUUUCAUUUGAUCUUCCAUCUGAUUUAAAUGUCAUUAGUUUACGUAUUAUUUCUGUACCUGAAGGCGUUGGUAAUGGAAUUGGAAUGAUUCUUCAUCGUCAGGCAAUUGAUUAUUAUUGCAUUGAAAAUUCAUUUGACAAUAGAUUUCAAAUUUCAAAAACUAGUCAAAUUGAUAUCAAUAAAUUUUUAAAUAAUACAGAACAUUGGAGUGUCAGUGAAGUUCCAUUAACAUUUCACAAUGUUGGAAUAAUGAAGAAAUCGUCUUUAAUUAAUAUUUGUCCACAUCAAAUUUUAGCGACACUUUCCUAUAGAUCACAUUCUUAA